AUGCUGAAAGCGAACCACUCGGCUGAUGCUAUAAACAGUUUAGCUACCGAACUCAGCAUGAUGAUCCAAACUGGACAACAUAUGAACAUUGUGUAUUUCUUGGGAGCCGUGACCAAAAACACAGCGAGAGGCCAGAUCAUGUUAAUUUUUGAAUUCUGCCAGUUCGGGAGCGUGGAUAUUUUCUUACGUGACAACGCGCAACGGUUCGUUAGUUGCUUGGACACACUGCAGAACUAUGAAGUUAUCAAUGCUCAAUCACAAAUGACACAUACAGAUCGAGAGGAUAAUACUGAUACUGACGAGAUGCAGCUGAGGACUACAGAUCUCAUUAGCUGGGCCUCGCAGGUGGCGAACGGUAUGGACUAUCUUUCAUCCAAAAACAUUCUGCACGGUGAUCUUGCCGCCCGGAAUGUGCUUCUCUACUCUCUGCAGGUGGUCAAGAUAAGUGACUUUGGGUUAUCGCGAAAGCUGGAACGAGGUGUAUACAUUAAAUCAAGUGAUAGCCCCCUUCCAUACAAAUGGCUCGCCUUGGAGUGCUUCACAAAUCACACCUUCAGCGUAAAGACCGACGUCUGGGCGUUUGGAGUGUUCUUGUGGGAGCUGUUUUCGCUUGGUGCAAUGCCUUAUCCAGGUGUAACAGAUGGUAAGAAGCUGUUAACUAUGCUGCAAAACGCAUAUCGUUUGGAAAAUCCCGUACACAGUAACAGGGAGCUGUACGACGUAAUGCUGUCGUGUUGGGACAUGCUGAAGUUUCCGACACCCGUGGCGUCCACCGACCGCAGUACCGAAUUGAAAUCCCCCGCCAUGAUGACGUGUUCGGUGGCAUUGGCCAAGUAG